AUGGUGGCAGACGUGGAGUGCGGGCAGCGGCCGAUCGUCAAGAGGUUCCUGGUCACUCGUGACGGGGAGAAAAUCGUCGGGGGAUCGCCCACCGUCAAGGGGGAAUUCCCGUCGAUCGUAUCGCUUCAGCUGUUCGGGCAACACUUUUGCGGGGGGAGCAUCAUCAACAAGCGGUAUAUCCUCACGGCUGCUCAUUGCGUUGCGGGGAGUUAUCGGGAUAGGCUCAAGAUUGCGGCUCGGGAGUAUAACAUUCACGAAGAGACCGAGAAUCCGAAGGUCGUCUAUGUCACGCCCGAAGAGUUCAUCGUUCACGACAACUUCCGGAAUGGGCUUCGUUCGUUGAACCCGCUCACCGAAAGCGACUGCGUUUCCGCCCCAGGCCAAGGUUUCAAUUUGAUCAACGACAUCGCGCUGAUACGGCUGAGCCAAGACCUGGAAUGGGACGAUUACACCCAGCCGGUGUGUUUGCCGGAUGCAGGCUCCAGGACUGCUGACGAUACCAGCGUCACUGCGGUUGGAUGGGGGUCGUCCAAAGAAGGGGGACGGAGUUCGUCGGUGCUGCAGAGCGUGAACCUCAACGUCGUGAGCAAGGCGUCGUGCGCCUUCACUCUCCUGCUCUUCCUUCGCGUCCGUGACGAGCACUUGUGCGCCCGGGGACCCAUCACGGGCGGACGCGACGCUUGUCAGGGUGACAGCGGAGGGCCGCUGAUGAUGUCCAGCAGCGAUGCUCAGUACCAAGUCGGGGUCGUGUCGGCAGGGGUCGGUUGCGGAAGGGCGUUCAAGCCAGGCCUGUAUACCAGGGUUGCCAGCUUCGUUCCGUGGAUCGCGGCGAACGAUUUCUGCUUCACCCUCAUUAAGGAUCGGAGCUUAACAUUGGAAAGCUGGUAUGGAAAGCUCCCUUCAAAGCGGCUGUCUCUUGUUGCUGUCUCCAAUGCAUUUGGCUGGUGCUUCUUAGGCUGUGGAGACUCUAUUAAAGGUGAAACUGGAAAU